AUGGGUUCCCUGGCUGUGUUUCAGGCUGGAUUUGGCAGGGCCAUGCUGCAGCUGGAGCUGUGGGCGGCCGUGGCGCUGAUGCUGCUCGGGGCGGCCGUCAGCCUCUGCAUCAGGUGCCAGCACUCAGGUACCAAACGAGAGGCGCAGCUGAACGAGCGGAGGAGCCAGCUCGAGAGCCAGCAGAGGUUUGAGGUGGUUUGAUCCCACACCAUUGCAACCCGAAGGCUGGAAAAAAGUAAGGAAACUGAAGACUUAUCAACAGCAAGUAAAGCCACCGAGGAGCUCAGAGCUUCCCAUCACCCUGGAUAUGGCAGCAGGGACGAGCCCAGGUACCAGAAUUUCCUGGCAGAGAGCUGCCUGCAGGAAGACACUGCCUAUGUGCAGCCCAUGGCUCUGGAUCACUACUACAACUGCAGCAGGCUCUUCAAUCCACCCUGUGUGAGGUCUCCAGGCAAGCAAGAGAAAGAUGAGGAUUCCUAUUCCUAUGAAAAUGUCACCAUUGGAGUGUCUCAGGGCUGUGACCCAGAUGAUGCUGUGGACUAUGAGAACAGCAUGGCAAUACUCACAUGGAAGCUCCAGCAAGGGCAAGCCCCAGUGACAGAAAGCCUGGAUGAAGAGCCAGACUACAUCAACACAGCUCCUGGGUCAAGGCCUGCCCUGCUGCCAGAGCCAAGUAUUCUGCGUAAGUCUGAAGAAAUCUUCUGCUGA